AUGAUUAAGAGAAAAUUCAAAAAGUAAUGGACCCUAACACCUGAAGAACAAGUUUAGUAACAAGAGGAAAAAGAAUUGUAAAAGAAGAAGAUUAUCAAUGUUGAGAAAAAUGAGAUUUUGGCUAUUGCUCGGUAAGUCAAAUUGAAUCUUAUUGGAUUAAAGAUCUCCUUAUAAUAAGUAGAAUAAUAUCUCUUAACUCAUGAAAAUUUAACUUAACAUCAACUUAAGAAAAAUUUGUCAAAUAGAAUCUUCGGUCUCUAAACAAUUGAAUAAAUUGAAAUGGCAGCCAUUUAUUUAGCUGAUGUUGACAAUGAAACUGAAACCACUACUAGUGCAUAUGUUAGAUGUAUAUUUAAAACUCUCCUGGAAAAUUAUUAAAUAUUGACUACACAACAAUUAAAUAGUAUCAAUUAGUAAAUUAUGAAGAAGAAAAAUGAAAUUUCAGAUAUUCUAAUAAAGAAAUAUCCAGAUACAUAUACAAAUGGGUAUAUUAAUAUUGAUAUUUAUUUAGAAGUCUUGUAAUAAGUUGAAAUUACAUUAAGUAAGUUAGAAAUUGAUCAUUUCUAUGCUCUCAUAACUAAACAAAAUAAGCAACGAAGGAUUCUUCUCUAAUAAAUUCAUUCUCCUUUUGAUAUCAAUGGGAAUGAAGAAGAAGAUGAGGAUGAAUAACCCUAAAUUAAUGAUUUCAACAAUGAAUUACCAAAAAAUGUUAGAUAAUCUUAAAGUCAAAUUAUUAGUAUUCACAACAGAUAAGAAUCAGAAUUAGUUAAUUUAAACGAGGAUGAAGACGAAGAUGAUAAAAAAAAGUUUUCAAUCAAACGGGAAUCCAAAAAUAAAUAGAAAAAUCAAGAACAUAUCAAAAAUGAACAUUAAGAAUUACCCAAUGGUGGAGAACAAUUGAAAGGGGAAGAAGAGUAAAACCCUUUCUAAGAUGUCCAAAAUGAUGAUCCAGAUUUGAAAAUGAUUGAUUCGUAAGAAAUAAGAAAAUAAAGUUAACCUGAUUUAUAAUAAUUUUGA